AUGGCCGUGGUGGUCAGCCCAUGUAACCCAUCCUUCCCCCAGCUACGAUUGCUCGGCGUGCCAGAGGCCGAGGAAUACCAGCUUCGCCCGCUGGGCUGGGAGAAUGACGGGGACGAGGAGCGAUUGAGUUUCUCCAGCCUCGGCUACCUCGCUGCGUGCACCUACAACUGCUAUACACUUCUUUGA